GAGUGUCAAAUUACUUUUAAUUAAAUUAGGUGAUGAAUGUCAAAGCACCUUAAAGUGCCAAAGUGGUAGUAGUGUUCCUCUUUUUCUUGAAAAACUGUUCCUCAAUACUUAGAGAGCACUCAGUUUCUGUGUAAGGGUAAUGGAAAAAUUUGGGAGUGGAUGAAGGUGGUAGUCGAACAACAUGAUGACCAUAAGUUAAUGUCACUGAAUUGUACAUAUGAAGAAUGAUAAGAUAGCAACGUUUUGUACAUAUAUAAUUACCACAAUAAAAAAAAAAGAAAAAUUUGUGGGUGCAAAGCUUGAGACCCAAACUGCCUUCCUGGUGCUUCUCUAUUUUUCAGAACCUCUGGGACCUGGUGUUUAGCAAGGCAGGUUCUUUGUAACCAUGAGUCAUAUAUGAUUAAGUUUUCACAUGGGAAAUGAGAACAAUAAUUUGUUGAAAUACAUUUUUUGGAAUUUACAGUACUUGUAAAACAAAAGAAAGUUAAAAUUCUAGAGAACAACUUGUUUUUGUUUAAGGUUGGAUGGUUGAUAACUUUUUUUCCCUCACGUUGUUGAGAAGAUCUCAGUGAGAUUAUCCAUUAACGAAUGAGUGGAGAGUUUUGUUUUUGAGUUGCAAAAGUAUUUCCCAUUUGUAAUCGAUAUGAGUAACCUGGUACCUGAGAUUGUAAUACAAAUAGUAGCUGGAAUCUCUAAAAAAGAACUUUUGAAAUUAUAUAUCACAAGGAGUGGUGGUCUGCAUCAAGGUGUUUUAUCAAAGUUUUGGUGGGAGAUAGGACAUAUGAGUGAGUAUGCAUUGCUAUUUUUUGAAAAAAGCUCUAUCUUUUUGCUGUUUUCUCAAAAAGGGACAUUAUUUUAUGGAUUUCCUGUUCCUAUUUGAAUUUAUCUAAGAGGUACAUUUGAAAUGACCAAAUUAAGGGAAGGGGCAUUUUGGGCUUUUGCAAUACGUGUAAGAACUAUUUGUUUGUUUGAAUAAAAAAUGUCUGUUUUACUUAUUGCCUGAGAGCAAACGGAAGGAUGAGCUACCUAAAUGCUUCUUCAUAGCAGUUGAAGUGGAAUGAAAAGUAAAAUAUAUCAGCAUUUUAUAAAAUUCUGUUUCACCUUCUUAAUCAUUAUGGACAGGGUUAGCACUUCAUUAGUAAAGAGCCAAGUCUAAUUAGCUAAUAUGUGAAGAAAAUAGCUAGAGCCAGUUAUUCUGCAGACUGAGGAAGAAAGGGAUAUAUUGUCAACCAUCACUGUGCUUUAAUAGUAAAAUAUUUAUGAGUUAAAACACUUAAGUUAUCAUCUAGAAACUGUAACUUUAUCUUUAAGAAAUAUAUAUAUUUUUUCAUUGUUUUCCUAUUGGUAACUUGAACAAAAAACGUAAAUUAGAAUUUUAGGAUAUGUACUGUAACCUCUACAUUAAAAGAUACAUAAAAAUUAUUAUUAUUAAUUCUACUAAGUCUAAUUUUAUUUUUAUUUAUAGUCAUGCAUGAUUCCAUCUGAUAUACAUAGCAGUGAAAAAAUAGGAGGAGAACUCUGAUGGCAACUAUAUGAUUGAAGCUAUACCAAUUUAAAACUCUAUUUUCUUUCAACUAUAUUUGAGAACACUAAGGCUAUAAAGUGUCACUGACCCUAACAUUGAUUUGGCUGGUCCUCACCAUGAACCGUGCUUUUAGCAGGAAGAAAGACAAAACGUGGAUGCAUACGCCUGAAGCUUUAUCAAAACAUUACAUUCCCUAUAAUGCAAAGUUUCUUGGCAGCACAGAAGUGGAGCAGCCCAAAGGGACAGAAGUGGUGAGGGAUGCUGUGAGGAAGCUAAAGUUUGCCAGACAUAUUAAGAAAUCCGAAGGCCAGAAAAUUCCUAAAGUUGAGUUGCAAAUAUCAAUUUACGGAGUAAAAAUUCUAGAACCUAAAACAAAGGAAGUCCAGCACAACUGUCAGCUUCACAGAAUAUCAUUUUGUGCAGAUGAUAAAACUGACAAGAGGAUAUUCACUUUCAUAUGCAAAGAUUCUGAGUCAAAUAAACAUUUGUGCUAUGUAUUUGACAGCGAAAAGUGUGCUGAAGAGAUAACUUUAACAAUUGGCCAAGCAUUCGACCUGGCAUACAGGAAAUUUCUAGAAUCUGGAGGAAAAGAUGUUGAAACAAGAAAACAGAUUGCAGGGUUACAGAAAAGAAUCCAAGACUUAGAAACAGAAAAUAUGGAACUCAAAAACAAGGUACAAGAUUUGGAAAACCAGUUAAGAAUAACCCAAGUAUCAACAUCUCCACUGCUGCACACCAUGUCUCAUCAUGAGAAACACGGGUUUCAGAGAUGCUCAUCCUCUCUUUGGAGUAGUAGUGAUGAUUCAUCUCCCUAUCUAAAUAGUUCUUCCAUUACUGUCAUUCCUGUCAACUCGCCUGAUUCCCGACUAUCACUGGGACUGUUAAUACCACCGCCUUCUAAAUGUGGCCUUCCCAAGCCAGUCAGUGAGAACAGCAUCCCAAGACCUCAUGCUGGUAGUGUGACACCUAAGUCACCCUCCACUGACAUCUUUGAUAUGAUUCCAUUUUCUCCAAUAUCGCCACAGUCUUCGAUACCUACUCGCAAUGGCACACAGCCACCUCCAGUACCUAGUAGAUCUACCGAGAUUAAACGAGACCUGUUUGGAGCAGAACCUUUUGACCCAUUUAACUGUGGAGCAGGGGAUUUUCCUCCAGAUAUUCAAUCAAAAUUAGAUGAGAUGCAGGAGGGGUUCAAAAUGGGACUAACACUUGAAGGCACAGUAUUUUGUCUCGACCCAUUAGACAGCAAGUGUUGAUGUCAAGAACAAGAGAUCCUGACUCAUGUUAUGUUUCAUUUACAUGCAUAUAUAUCGUUAUUACAUUAUGACAGGUAUUUUACAUGUGUCAAUAUAUUUUUGAACAUUCUAAUUUUUUGAAAAUUAUUUCAGUAAAAUUUCCUCGUACAUUCACUGUUGAUUCAUAAUGUUUUUUAUAUUAAAAGCAACGCACUGUAAAGUAAAUCAUACUUUUGUGUUCCUUUCCUUUCCUGUUAUAAGUGAAUUUAUAAUAGAAGGACAGAUUAUCCAAAUAUCUGUCGUGUGUCUAAAAAGUCCUAAGUAAUUAGCACCUUUGAAAUUUGUGUUUAUUCUCCAGGCUGCUAAUCUAUUACUGAUUUCUGAAAAGCCAUACCUUAAUGACACCUUUUAAAGUCCUCGAGAGGUAGACCAAUGUUAAACUGAACGUGUUCCAUUUUCAAACCAAUAAAUGUAUGACUCUUCAUUAGACAGAUGUCAUUUUAUCUACUAAAUGUUGUUGACAUAAUAAAGAAAACGUGAACUUUGAAAAUUAAUACCAAGUCACUAAUUUUUAGCGCAUACAAUAGCAAGAACAUAAAUUCUA